AUGACCGAUCUUGAAACAAUGACCGAUCUUGAAACAAUGACCGACAUAGACCCAGCAGAUGAGGCAAUCUACCUUAUAGAGAUAAAUGAGCUAGUUAGGAACUACCUGAGCCAUCUGAAGUCAAACAAGACCAUUGCAGGCUGGGUGUCUGGAAGAAGUGCGCUUAAAAUUGAAAUUGACACCGGAAUUGUCCUGCAAAUACCAAAAAACACUCCUGUAGACGACAUAAAAGAGAUGAAGAAAGAAACCCUCUUGAAGUUCUUUGCAAAGCGUCCGUGGAUACAACUUCCAAACAGAGAGAACCCAACUGUACGAAUUGCCCAAAUUCUCAGAGGACUCUUACGCUUCUCGGGUCAGGCGUUCUUCAUAAACACAGAAGGCGACAUCGUACCUUUACAGUAA